AUGAGUUACUACGACGAUUAUGAUGAUGAUUAUUCAUCGGAAGAUGAAAUAUAUUAUCAUAACUAUAGUGUAGACUAUGCCAAUCAAAUAUUGGGUGGACAACAUGCUUUUUCAUCAUGUGUACCACUUAUGCGUCGAAAACAUCGUCGUCAUGGUCCAACUUUGGUUCGUGUGUCUACUUUGGAUGAAAUGCCAAUCGUCAAUCGACAUCGAACUAUUCCAGGACUACGUAGUCGACCAAAAUAUGAUGAUGAUGACGAAGAUGAUGAUGAUGAUAUCUCAGUUCCAGUUCAUCUUCCUCCACGCUUACCCUCAUUGGAAACUACAAAUGAAGAAUUAGAAAGAAGAGCAAUGAGAAGAACUGAACCACCAUCUGAGGAACCAUCAAAUAAUGUUGUUCCAUCAGCUGAUAAUAAUUCUCCAUCUGAAACUCCACAUCGUCCAUUAACUGAAGAUGAAUUGAGACAAGUUCAACAGCAACAAGAAGCUUUUCAACAACAUUUACUUAAUAUGCAACGUCAUUUACAAGAACAGUCACAACAAGCAGAAUCAAAUCCACAACGACAACCACAAAUAGUUCCAUCAUCAAUAUGUUCAACAACAUGUUGUUCUAAAAAAAGGCCAAAAGUAGCAUUUCACGAUUUAGAACGUGAUGAUGAUCAAGCUGAAAUUGCUGAAUUAAUUGAAAAAGAUCCUUAUUUUGCAGCAGCUAUGGAAGAUUUUGCUCAUUCACAUGGAUUACUACGUAGUAAUCGUCAUAGAACUAAUUCAGAACAUUCAUCAUCUCAUUAUUCUCAACGUUCUCAUAAACGACAUCAACCUAAAUUACAUGGAAAACGUUCUCGACCAUCACAUUCAUCAUCUUCUUCUUCACUAUCUUCAGUAACAAAUAUAUCAUCUGAUUUAAGAGGUUCAAAUCAAGAUUUAAUUCUAUUGAAUGAACUUAAACAGAUUCGUCUUUUAAUGCAAAGAUUUGUUGAAUCUGGUGGUAAUUCUAACCAACAAACACCAGCUGGUAUCCGUUAUCCACCUGUUCCAGGUGUAACUGAUUACGAACUAGCAACGGUUCCACGUGGACAACCACAGCCACGUCCAGAACCAAGGCAAGCUGAAUAUCAAAAUGUUGUCAAUGCUGUAAAAGAUGUUCUUGAUCGACGUCGUUCUUCUCAACGUGAUCUACCACUAAAACCAAGCGAGAUCGAUCCAAAACUAAAACAUGUGUAUACAAGACGACCUCAAAUUCCAUCAACAAAUUUUCAACCAACAUCAAUGCAACGACCUCCACUACCACCAUCUCAACUACAACAACGACAAAUACGAAGACGAUCAUCUCAAAUGACAUCAUCACCAAGCGUUUCGAUACGUUCAACACCACCUCCGCCUCCUCCACCAUCAUCAAACAAGAUUCCCCCUGCUCCUCCAUAUGAAGCUUUAACUAAUUUUUCAGCAUCUCGAUCAACAAUAAAUCAAAAUCGUACUUUAUCCUAUGGUAAACAUGAAAAGCAAUCACAUAUUUAUGAUACACUUCUACCAGGACAUUAUUUACGUUUAUAUACUAAUAAAUAUAAUUAA